AUGCACACAUACAUUUUUGCUUUUAUCGCAUUGUGCAUUGCAGCAAGCUAUGCACAAGCACCUCCAGCUGCGACUGUCGCAGUAGUUGUUGAUCCUGCAGUUAAACCUGUGGAAGUAGUUACUAAUGAUACAACCACAGUAGCUGCCGAACCAAAAGAAGACGAUAGCAAAGAAGUUAAAGAUAAGAAGAAAGAUUUCGAUCAUGAACAUAAAGAUCACCACAAAGACGACGGCAAAAGCCAUGAUGACCACGAUCACAAGGAACAUCAUAAACACGACAGUGAAGAACAUCACGAUCAUGACCACAAGGUACAUCAUGAACAUGAUGCCACAAUUUCCGUUGAUGUUCAUAACAUUCUUGAUUUGUUCAAACAACAAUUACAUCGUACUGAAAAACAUCUUCUUGCCGCACUCCGAAAACACGAUGGCUCAUCAUCAUCAGGCUCAAAGGAAUCUUAUCGUACAGCUGAACGCAAGGCUAAAAAGGACGACAAGAAGAAGGACGACAAAAAGGACAAGAAGAAACCCAAAGGCAAAGAGGAAGAUGAUGAUGACGAUUGA